CUCCAGCUUUUCUUUCACUCCCAUUUACCACCCAAAGAUUCCUUGAAGUUACCCCGCGAGGACGGAGGGGGAUCUGAAGACUGAAUCCCUUCUCUUCUCGUGCUUCUCGAUCCUCAUCAAUGGCAGAAUAAACCCAACUUACCGAUCCAUCCCCUCCGCAACCCAACUCAGCCAAAUCAAAAAAACUUCCAAAUCCAAAUCCAAAUCAUUCAAUGGAGAAACGCGUGGAGAAUCUGUUGAACAAAGUCUCGUACGCCAGCAUAACCAUCGCGACGAUCACUCUCCUCAUCACCUACCUUCAAAUCCCGGAAACCUGCAUCCCUCCCGACACCCCAAUCACAAAGCCCCACCAGAAAUUCCCUUCCUCCACCUGCGAUUCCUCCCUCCGCCGCCCUUACCUCUCCCCGGCGAAGAAGAACAUCCGAUUGUGGUCGUCCAAGCCCUGGAUCUCCCAGCUCAAUUCCUUCACCAGAUUCUUCUCCGACCUCCAAUCCACCGGCCUCUUACCCAACCACUCCCGCGUCCUCUGUCUCUCCGCCGGCGCAGGCCACGAGGUCAUGGCACUCCACCACAUGGGCGUCGGCGACGUGACCGGGAUCGAGAUCGUGGAAUCUCUGCCUUUGGUCAGAAAAGCCGAUCCCACUAACUUGCCCUUCUUCGACGCUGUUUUCGACUUCGCGUUCACUGCUCGUUUGUCAGAGGCUUUGUUCCCGGCGAGGUUUGUUGGGGAGAUGGAGAGGACGGUGGCCGGCGGUGGCUACUGCGUCUUGGCGGUGGAGGAGUGUGGCAAAGAGCUUGUGGAUCAAAUUGUUGGGUUAUUUCACAGGUCUAAGUUGGUUGGUGUUGGAAAUGUAACCUUGAUUGGAAUGAGAAUGACCAGAAUUAUCAUGAAAGUGGGUGAUGCAUCUUCUUCUUCUUCAUGACUCUUCUCUCAGGACUCAGGUAACUGAUCAACUCGUUAUUGAAUUGCUUCUUAUGCGUGCUCACUGUUGAAUAAAUGUACUGGACUUCAUUUUGUAUGCAUUGCAGCUUGCAAGUAUAUAGUCAAAUUUCUUCGUCAAUCUAGACAUGGCCCUGUUUCAUGCUUGUGGUUAGAAAUUUAUCAUCUUCAACUGGAGUCUGGAAUUCAAUGAUGGUAAUGCCAAACUCAUACGCUUUCCUGUAGUUGUAGGCCAAUGAUGAGUUAAUGCUCUGUGCAAGUUUGGGAAUUUGGAGCAGCUUUUUGAUAUUGAACUAUGCAUGUUUGUUUUGGAAUUCUUGCUGAAUGGUUGUGUUCUACAAGGGUAUUGAGCAAUUAAGAUUUCGUUGUUGA